AUGACGACUCGCUCGCCGGCGUCGUUCUGGAGCAGAGCUGCGCUCAGUCGAGUCAUUGGUGCGCACCAGCGUCGGCAGCAGACAAUCACAGCUCCAUGGCACUUGAAACCGAUCUCGCUAUCGACCAACAGCCCCCGACUGUUUUCCUCCUCUACCGUUAAGCUCGGCAGACAAAAUCCCUCGGACUCAAGGCUCUUUAAGAAUGGACUCGUCGACGGCCGCAAUGCUCCGCCCCGCUAUGGAGACACACAAGGGUGGAAGAAGCCGAAUCGUCGGAAGGAAGAGGGUGACGGGGCAAAAUCAUCGGGCUUGAAACUGCGUACUCGAGCCGUCUCCUCCAAAGCUCUGGCUCAAGAACUCAGAUGGCUGAAGGAUCCGAGGGACUUUGCCAAUCGAGUCGCGCUUAUUCUGCAGACGGGUGAUUUCGAUUUCGCGUUGAAGCUUGUGGAACGCGGUGUUAGGGAACGCAUGGGGUGCGAUGUCGCAUGGAACCAUGUCUUACAGCGCGCCUUCCACGAGAUGACCCCCAAGGCGGUAUUCAAGCUUUACAAUGACAUGAAGAAGGCAGGCAGCAAACCAAACGCCAAAACUUAUACGAUCCUGCUCAAAGGCUUCGUUGAAGCCUCAAGUGCAGAUUCACGCACAAUUGUCCAAUACGCCGACAAGAUCUACAAGUCCAUCUUCAACCAGAACUCUGGGGUGAGACCCAACAUCAUCCACACCAAUGCCAUGCUCACAGUCUGCGAACGUCACAACGACAUGGAUAUGCUUUGGCGCAUUAUUGAAGAGCUUCCGGAGUCAGGAGACAGAGCUCCAGAUAUGACCACUUACACCAUUAUCCUGAGAGCUAUUCGAGCCUCCGCUAUAGCCGAUAUCAACGAAAUAAACCCCAACGACACAAAUAAGAUUCUUGCCCGAAAGGCCCGCAUUGUUCGAGAGGCCGAAUAUAUCUGGUCUGAUGUCAUUGCCCAUUGGAAGGCAGGUACCCUGUCGGUCGACAAUCACACAGUGGGCGCUAUGGCCGAACUGCUGCUAGAUGGUUCCAGUGAUAACGACUUGUACAAAGUCUUACAGCUGUACCAUCAAACAAUGGAUAUUCCUAUCCUGCAAGCCAAACCGCCUGUGACUGUCGACUCUUCCCGUCGACGGGCCAAUCGAUUCAGAUUUACGGAGAAAUUUCUUCGUGAACCCCAGGAAAAGGCGUCGGAGGAAGACAUCCCAUUCGUGAACAAUGAACACGGUCGAGAGCUCCGAAAACUAGACGUCGCGGAAGAGCAGUCACGCGUUGAAGAAAUGGACGAGUCUCUCUUCGAACCCAUCGUCUCGAGCAGCGUAUCCCCCCUCAAACCAACCAACAAGGAUCUCACCCACAUCCUGACAGCCUGUCUUAACAUGACGCAAGGCUUGGGCGGCGGGCAUAGCUACUGGCGUUAUUUGACCCGGGAGGAUACCCCCCACCACAUCGAGCCUGACAUAGUGUCCUGCAUGCAGUACCUUCGUCUCGUGCGCCUCGCACGGUCCAGCAGAAUCGCCGCUCAAGUUCUGCGCGAGCAGAUGGUCCCUGCCGGCAUCGCCAACGGCAAAGUCUUCCACGUCGCCUUCACCACCUGUAUUCGCGAUAAAAAGAAUGUAUCCGUCCUCCUGCAUGCCAACACGAUGCUCGAGCUCAUGGCCAAGGCCAAUGUCCUCCCCGACGCACGCGUGCUCGAAAAUUACGUCCGCUUGAUCUCCAUUCUUUCCGAAGAGGCACAGCUCCUCCUGAGCUUGAAGGGUCUCGACGUCGACACAGGCCCCACGCCAGACCUGCAGAAGCUCGCCACGCAGCUACAAGUGAAGUUGCGCCUGGUUGCCCUCGCCCAGUUGCGUCCCCAUUUCGAGACUCUCGACGUGGCGAUGAAGGCCACUAAGCCAGUACGCCCUACACCUGGACAGCGCUUGCACUCUGUCCCGGGAAAGGACGCUGUGCUAGCCAUGCAGCGCAUACGUCUGUUGCUGGAUGAGACUGUCAAGCUAUACUCGGGAUCGAUCCCCAAGCCGCAGCUUAAGGAACUCAGGGAUGAUUCGGGCUCUCUGGCCAGGUACUCCAACGAGGAUGUUAUCAAACAGUUCUCGGGGGUUGAUGUCCAUCCGACGCACGAGCAGAGAAACGCGUGGCUGGAACGCCAAAGAGAAUUGUGA